AUGGUGGAACAGGCUCUGGCCUGGCAGUCACUCAGAGCCAUCGCAAGUGAGUGGCAAAUUGGACGAUUUUCUGGGGUAUACGCAGCUGCGACUAUUAUCAUACGGAUGAAUCCUUUUUUCCUUGAUAUAUCUGCGUAUAAAGUUAGUGAUUAUGAUGACGAUGGUAAUGCUGGUGCUGAUUUCGGCGUAAAUAUCGACUUAAAUUUAGUGUUCAAUCUGGACAUAUGCCAGAUUGGUUUUAGUGCAACGUUGAUGAUCAAUAAGAUUAGAAGACCAACAAAAUGGCUAAUUGAUCACUUGACAAUGGUGAUGAUGCUAAAGAUAAUGAAAGUUGGAAGGUGGGGGGAGGGG